AUGUUAAAAAGCACAAAUAAGCUAAUACUACUACGAUAUGCUAGUACUGGUACAAAGAAUUCAUCAACUCUACUAAGAGCUCAAUUGGAUCUUAAUGAUAUAACAAAUCGACCAGAAGAGUAUAAAAAUUCAAUCAAGCGAAGACAAUUACCAAAUUCAUUAAUACAAGAUAUAGAUUUCAUCACCACAAACCGACCUAUACAAUCCCAAACUUAUACCAAAAUUAAUGCUCUAAAGAGGGAAAGAAAUGAAUUAGCCGAACAAAUUAAGAGUCGAAGUCACAAUGCCGAUGCCAUUAAGAACAGGUUGAAAGAAAUUAAAAAUGAAAUUAAACCAAUGGAGAAAUAUGUUAAGGAUCUACAAGAAGAAAUAUACAGUAAAGCUGAAUCAUUACCUAAUCUUAUAGAUGAUUCAGUACCUGAAUCUGAUGUACAAGAAGACAUCGUUUCAUACAUAAAUACAACUCCUGAGGAAGCUUCAACAUUUAAUGAAAAUGAUUCAAUUAGAGAUCAUAAAUCAAUUGGUGAAAGAUUUGGAAUACUAGAUUUUACAAUUGCUUCACGUAUAUCUGGACCAUCUUGGUAUUAUUUAAUAGGCGAUGGGGCAUUAUUAGAGCAAGCAUUGAUUCAGUAUGGAUUAUCGAAAGCCCGUUCGAAUGGAUAUAACAUGAUAACUCCACCAACAAUCGUAAAAUCAGAAAUAAUUCAUGCAUGUGGAUUUAAACCAAAUGAUCAAAAUAAUGAAAAACAAGUAUAUCAAAUUGAAAAUGAACCAAGAUCAUUAAUUGGAACUGCUGAAAUUCCAUUAGGAGCAUAUCAUUCUUCAACUAUUUUCCCAUCAAAUACGAUUUUUCCUAAAAAAUAUGUUGGAAUAUCAAGAUCAUAUAGAGCAGAAGCAGGAGCAAGUGGGAAAGAUACUAAAGGGUUAUAUAGAGUUCAUGAAUUUAAUAAAAUUGAAUUAUUUCAUUUUACAAAAAUUAAUCAAUCCCAAAAGGAAUUAGAAAAUAUAAAAAAUUUUCAAAUUGAAAUAAUAAACGAAUUAGGGUUAAAAGCAAAAGUUUUAAAUAUGCCAACAUCAGAUUUAGGUUCACCAGCAAUGAAAAAAUAUGAUAUUGAAGCUUGGAUGCCAGGAAGAGGAUUAUGGGGUGAAUUAACUAGUUGUUCAAAUUGUGGAGAUUAUCAAUCAAGAAGAUUAGGUAUAAGAUUUAGUACAGGAAAUGAUGGUGAGAAUAGUGGUGUUAAUAAUGAUAAAAUUGAACAUAUUGCUACAUUAAAUGGAACUUGUAUGGCAAUUCCAAGAGUUAUAGUUGCAAUAAUUGAACAAUUUUAUGAUCCUGAAUUAGAUGUUAUAAAAAUUCCAAAAGUUUUAAGACCAUAUAUGGAUGGGAAAGAUGUGAUUAAAAAACAAAAUUAG